CACAGGCUGCAGCUUUCAGUCUGAGCCACCUGUAGCAGGCAGCGAGAACAGCCCGGAGAAACAGCGCCUGCACAGCACCGUUAUAUCCACCGUCAUAUCAACUGUCAUAUCCACCGUUGCACCGGCAGGACACCGGGCUUCUUCACUAGCCCGUCCUUACCACGGAAGACCGUUAAGAUGGUUCUCAGUUAUCUGCCUUUUGUGUUUCUCCUGGGCGCUGCCGUUAAAGGAAUGACAACAACAGAUCCCAUCACACAAAAUGUCUCCACCGAUGGAGGAAUGAUUGAUAAGACAUCCACCAGUCCUGCAACAUCUAACAUGAACUUAACUGAAAGCUCAAGUCCCAGCAGCAGUCACUCAACCAGCAGUUUUCUAACUUCACCACCAUCUACUACAGAGCACUUCACAGCCACAGUUGCUACUGUAACUACGAAAAAUGCCACCGCAGAAUCCUCUACUAUGAAACCAGACUCAACCUAUGCAGAGACUACCUUGUCCCAGCCUUCCUACUUCACCCCCGGCAGCCCAACCGACUCUCCAUCAGCUCCAAUCAGCGGUACAACGCUGUCCACUACAAGCCCCGAGACAAGCCAACCCACCAACACUAUGACCAACAAUACGACUUUGACUCAAUCAACUGAACCAUCUAGUGGCGAUACAACAGCUUCAUCCACCACCCUCCCAAACCCCACCUCCACCAUCAGUACAGGCACCAUCAUCAGCGACACCACCCUGCGACCAACAGAAAUCACUACCACCGACUCCACCACAGCAGCCCCACCCAUACCUCCAGUCAUAGUGUGUCCUUCCGUCCCAUGCCCACUUGAAAGCAUUUGUCUUAAUGGCACUUGUCAGUGUCUCUCUGGUAGCUUCCUGGUAAAUGGCCGCUGUGCACAAGCCCAAGUGUUCCCAGGCCAGCUUCAUAUCACCUCCUUGACAUUUGAAAAGGAAAUGAGCAACAGGUCAUCUGUAAUAUUCUUGAAGACGGCUGCCCAGAUCUCAGCAUCGCUCAGAAAUGCCCUGAAAAAUCACCCAGGAUAUAAACAGUCUGAUGUUGUGGAGCUUAAACCAGGAAGUGUGCAGGCAACUGUAAAUAACAUCUUUGAAAACACCAACACCACUCAAAAGUCUAUUGAUCAGGCCAUUCGUGAGGCUAUAGCCAACCCAGCAAAUACAUUGUUGACUGAUGCUACAUUUACAGGGACAAACCUAUGUGUGCAGGAACCCUUACCCUGUGAUGUCUCAACUACAUUGUGCACAAAUACAAAUGGCCGGGCUGUUUGUUCCUGUAGAGAGGGCUACAUCUCCAUCCUGUACUCAAACAGCAGCUGUAAAGCGUGUCCAAGUGGGCUAAGGGCAGUGGGACACACGUGUGAACCAUGUGCAUUUGGAUAUGCUGGCUUCAACUGCAACGACUCUGCUCUGCUGGCAGUGGUGGUCGUCUCCUGUGUACUGGGAGGAGUUGUCCUCAUCCUUUUGCUGGCUUUGCUCAUAUACUGCUUCCGUAUGCGAAGCUCAAACAGUAAACCACACCUCAGUCGCAGUCCAUACUCAUCAGGAGACUUAAACCAGCCCUGGCCCACUGGCAUCACCCCCAUCCCCCGAGCCACCUCUAACUGGGAUGCAGCUCCUCCCAUAGAGAUGACAGAUGGGGGCAGCACUCAUGUCCUGGUGGACAAAAAUCACCAAACCAAUGGAUCGGGGCUCUAUCAGAAGCACAAAGGAUGGAAAAAGUCGGGGUCAUACGAUCUCAACCCAGAUGGAUUGAACACCUUCAAAGGUAAAAAUCCGUCUCGUUACUCCUAUUUGGUUCAAGGACACGAGAAUCCCUAUUUCUUAUCGGGAGACGACAAGAAAAACUGAAGACAUCUGUGUGAAAAUGAGGCACACGGAUCAAAGAGAAGUGAUGUAAACUAUUCAUGCAUUCCUCAACUUGCUUUUAUUAAACACCAUUCCUUAUUCUGAUUAACAGCCACCAAAGAUUUUCAUUCAUAAGAGGUGGACCUUUUGAAAAACAUUUUUAUUUGAGGUUUUGUGUUCUUUGGGAAAUCAGAAUGUUGUGACCCAUAACCAGUAGGUGUCACUGUUGCUCAGUGAAACUCUACCACUGUUUUAAAAGGUACAUUUUGCUUUUUAAUACUUAUAAGAAAUCCUCAUGUUGAUUUUAUAAAUGAAGCUUUUUAUAUUGAUAAUUGCACUAGAGUUUGUUACGUUUACGACCAAUUGUUAGCCUGAAAUCAAACAUACUUUAAAUAUUGGGUUUAUUGACAUUUUUCUGAUGGGUAUGAAGACUUUUAGACAAAAAAAGUCUUGUAAGAGUAAAGGGGCUGGAUCCCUUGUUCAGGGUCAUUUUAAAGGGAUUUAUUUUAUCACUGUCUACAGCUUAAUAUUCUCUGUAUUUGUUUGAACUGCACUUGCAAGAUGUGCCUCUUUUAAUAGUCUGUUUGACACACAGGGAAUAUGCAAAGCUGGUGAUAAAGAUGGACGUGCCAAUUGUCACUUUUAUACAUUUAGUUUGACAUUUCAUCAGUAUCCUUGUGUGUUGGAGACAGUGUGCUAUUUAAGUGUGUAAAUGCUUUGUAAAUAAUGAAAGAUGUUUUGGCACAGAAUGAUUGUGUGCGCGUGUGUGAAUGCAAUGGAAAUAAAUUAAUUCAAACACAACAA